AUGGAGGACGAAUCGAUUUCUUCUUUUGCCGCCAUCACGGGUGCAACUGCGGAUGUGGCUCGUGGGUUUCUUCAGAUCGCAAACGGAGAUUUUGAACGAGCCAUUGGAUUAUUUUACGAAAACCCCGAGCUCGCGUCUGGUGUGGGCGCUGGAGUGUCCGAAACUGCCUCGACGCCGGCGAACCCAACAUCUUCGACUCGCCGCCGCCCGAAUAUCGGCCGCGAGGACGCUAGCGGCGUUAUUCACAUAGACAGUGACGACGACGAUGACGAUGACGACAUCAUGAUCGACCAUGAUGCGGGAAGCGAGGACGAUGGCGAGCGGGCUGCGGUUCAACAUGCAGCCGCGAUGGCACAAGAGGAGGAAGAUGCCGCCAUGGCAAAACGGCUACAGGAAGAGCUGUAUCAAGGUGGCUCAGCUGGACCAGGAGCGCAAGAUGAUGUCAGAGCUCCCAUCGCACGAACAACCGAGACGCUUGUGGCUCCAGAUCCUUCAUGGGACGGUGCUGUUGAUGAUGAGACUACCCGACGGUUUCUGGAGGAGUUACGGAGCAGACGACAUCCUCCCCCUCGCACCGGCGGUCCAUUUGCUCAGCGAAUUUGGGGGGACACAUCGGCGCCACCGCCCAGCACCACAGAGAACGGAACCCACGCCAGACGGUUGGAGGACCUCUUCCGACCACCGUACGAUUUGAUGUCCAGAGUUAGCUGGGACGAAGCACGAACCCUGGGCAAGGAAGACAAGAAGUGGAUCUUGGUCAAUCUCCAGGACAUGAACGACUUUACCUGCCAAGCCCUCAACCGGGAUGUAUGGAAAGACGCAGCAAUCAAGGACCUUGUAUCCGAGAAUUUCAUCUUUUUACAAUACGACAAGGACUAUCCGGAUGCCGAAGAGUACAUCAACUUUUACUUUCCCAACCGGACGCAUGAGAAUCCAGACAACUAUCCACAUGUCUCCAUUGUCGAUCCCCGAACGGGCGAACAAGUGAAGGUUUGGAGUGGCCGGCCGUUUCCUAGUGCGGUCGAAUUCCACGCCGAGUUGGCAGAGUUCCUCGACCGGUAUAGUCUCGCUGCCAACAGCAAAAACCCCGUGGCCAAAUCAACAACACGGAAACCUGCAGUGGUGGAUGUGGACCGCAUGACAGAGGACGAAAUGCUGGAGAUGGCGUUGAAGAAUAGCCUUGCAGCUGGGGGUGGUGAAAGCAGCCGAUCAACAUCUACGCCAAACAUUCAAGACCCAGAUGCAUUGACGAAAUCACCGGGUCCAAGUGGUGAAGUGGAAGGGAAAGGGAAAGAGCCCGAAGCAGCAGAACAGAGCGCAUUUUCUCUCAUCUCCAGCGGGAAACCGCAUACUGAACCAGAAAACGAUCCCGCAACCACCACGAGAAUACAAUUCAGACAUCCCACUGGACGGGUCAUUCGAAGAUUCAACCUACAGGACCCAGUGCGCCGUAUUUACGAGUGGCUCAAGGCUGAGCCGAUGGAAGGCAAAGAUGGGGUUGAGUUUGAGCUGAAGAAGAUGCCGCAAGGCCAAGAUUUGAUGGAAGACUUGGACAGCACUAUUGAGGCGACAGGUCUUAAGCAAGGCACCGUAAUGAUUGAGUUCAUUGAAGACUAA